AUGUUUGACGGCAAGGCAACGCGGGCGCCGCGCGUGAGCAUGAGCGGGCGGCGGGACCACGCGGCCGCGUCCAAGCAAGACGUCGUCGCCGCCGCCCAGCGCGAGCGCAUGGAGCGCGCCCAGAAGCGCACCUUCCACAUCAACAGCAGCAAGGUCCAGGCGUGGUACCGUAGCGUCCGCGCCCGGCGCGCGGUCACGCAGAGCCUCCUCGCGUCCGUGACGGCCAAGUGCAACGACAUUGCCGCGCUCCAGCGACUUUAUACCUUUGUCGUGCCGCUGCCGGUGCUGACGCGGCUCGUUCAGGAGGCCACCUUUGUGCAGCGGUACCUGUCGAGCACGACAACGACCGCGCUCCUCGAGCUCGUGCUCCAAGCGUGGCCAUCGCUCGACGACGCUUGCAACUGCGACGCUGCGGUGGCGCGGGCGUGGCAUCGCCGGCUUGCGAUGCUGUGUGCCACUGCGUUCCGCGUGGACGCGUCGAGCCCGGCGCUCUUGGCCGUUCUACCCCGGCUCUCGCUACCGACGAUUGCGCACUGGGCCAAGAUACCAUCGCAGCAAAGCUUCUUCCACGUCGUCGUCGCCGCGGUCCAGCAGCGCCAGACUGCGUUGUACGGAAUCGUGGCGCCGCUGCUGUCGCAGCUCCUCGACGCCGACGCGCUCCACACGACGUUUGCGCAAACGCUCUUGACGACGCCGCUCGCCGCCCGCGAGCCCCAGUUUAAAGCGUGGCUUGAGACUGCGCUCUCGUGGCCGGCGCUCGCCCACGAGACGCAGUGGCGUGCGAGCCUCCGUCUCGAGCAGCGCGCUAUCGUGCUGGGCAACCUUCUCGAGCUCGCGCUCUCGUUGACGCUCCACGACGACCACCGAGCAGUCCUGUUGGCCUACGUGUCGCCCGACGUCCUCCACAGCGCGUACUGGCGCCUCGGCAUCGACAUGGCUUCGUCCGAUGACGAAGGAAGCGCGUUGGCUGCGGCGCCGGCGUCGUUGCCGGUGGGUGUCACCGACCAGCUCACGCUCUGGACGCACCACGCGCUUCUGAGCCAGCUCUUGUGCCCAGCGUCCAAGUACUUUGUUGCUGUUUGCACGCGCGUGUACGCGCCGCUGUGUCUCGAGGCGCGGCCGUUCUUCCUCUCGGCGCAAAUGCUGGUGCCCCCGACCGCGCUCUCGUCGUUGCUCUUUGCUCUCUCAGAACGCAGCGUCCUUCACGGUCUCUUCCGGUCGCUGGGGCAUCCGAGCGACCCUUCGACGUCGCCGCUCUGGGUGCUCUUUGCUGGCGCCUUUGUGCAGUACCUGCACACGUCGGACGACCUCUCGCUCCAAGCCCACGUCGACUUUUUGCCUGCCGCCGUCGAUGCGAUGCGCCUCCGGUUGUACCACGUGCUCUGGCUCGCGCAAGGGCCCGUCUCGGCCAUGACGCUGCUGGACCUCGGGCUCGUGCUCAGGCUCUGGAAUCUGCUGUUCGUCCGGAACACGCGGCUCCACUUUUGCGCGCGACCGGACGCGUGGGUGUGGCCGACGGUGCUGCAUCUGCAGCAGUUUGGCCUCGAGCUCUCGACCGAAGACGGCGUAUCGCUCGACGAGUUCUUUGAGGCGCCGCUGCUCGCGCGACUGCACUUUGUGCUCUCGACGCUGCCGCAGGCGAUCCCGUUUGCGUCGCGCGUCGAGUUCUUCACCGAGUGCAUCGACCGAGAGAAGGCGCAGAUCCCGGGCCGCCACGUGUUUAGCCAGCUCCGGCCGCUGCGCAUUCGCCGCGACGAGAUGAUCGCCGACAGCUUUGAGGCGUUCGAGAGCAUCUUUGCCGAGCAAGGCGCCGGCGGCCUCAAGUCGCGCAUGCAAGUGACGUUCGUGAACGCCCAAGGGCUGGACGAGGCCGGCGUCGACGGCGGCGGCGUCUUCAAGGAGUACAUGGACCUGCUCACCAAGCACGCCUUCUCGACCGAGCACCCGUUCUUCCUCGCCACGGACGACCGACUGCUGUACCCAAACCCAAGCGCUGCCUUCCUCUUUGGGAGCGACCCGGGCCGCCACUACCGCUUCUUGGGCCGCGUCCUCGCCAAGGCGCUGUACGAAGGCAUCUUGAUCGAGCCGCCGUUUGCGCCGUUCUUUCUACAAAAGCUCCUCGGGCAACUCAACUCGCUCGACGAUCUUCAGUCGCUCGACGCCACGCUGUACCGUCACAUCCUCGAGAUGAAGCAGACGCCGAGCCUCAUCGACGAUAUGGGCCUCACGUUCAGCGUCGCUACGUCCCGCAACGGCGCCAUGCACGUGCAGGAUCUGGCGCCGAACGGCCAAGCGACGUCGGUGACGGCGGCCAACUACGUGCGGUACAUUCACCUGCUCGCGAACUUCAAGCUCAAUGCGCAAAUCGCACCGGCGACGCACGCGUUCCUCCAAGGCUUCCACGAUAUUCUGCCGUCGCUGUGGCUGCUGAUGUUCAGCCCCACGGAGCUGCAAAUGCUGAUUGGCGGCGCCACGCGCGACGUCGACGUCGACGACUGGAAGGCCAACACCAACUAUGGCGGCGGGUACCACCCGUCGCAGCCGAUCAUGCAGUGGUUCUGGGACAUUGUCGCCGACCUCUCGCCCGACGACCGCGGCGAGCUCCUCAAGUUCAUCACGAGCUGCUCGCGACAACCGCUGCUCGGGUUCAAGCAGCUGCAGCCGCUCGUGUGCAUCCAGCAAGUCCGCAUCUCGGACGACGAGCGCCUCCCGUCAAGCGCCACGUGCAUGAACCUCCUCAAGCUGCCGACGUACUCGUCCAAGGACGUCAUGCGCGCCAAGCUGCUCUACGCGAUCCGCAGCAAGGCCGGGUUUGAGCUCUCGUAGGUCUAGUCGCUACGAAAACACUAGUCUACGACUUUGGUUGGUAGCUUGCAGUGUCAUCGAAUGUA